AGUAUGAACUACAUUGAAUGUGAAGUCUGCUUCCUAAUUACAUUGGUAGAUUGUGCCCGUUCCGAUUUUGACGUACUGACCCUAGAGGAGGUUACGUAUAACCUGGCACACACAUUCUAACGAUCGGAAUUGACAGUGAGCUUUUCCGCCCUCAUUUGCGGUGCACUUCCGCUGCCGCUUGCGCAGAGCUUUCUUACUCCUCUCGCUGCUGGCCGCGGUGUGAGUCGGGAAGGCGGAUCCAGGGAGGGGGAGGAGGUUACAGUGUUUAUGUGUAUCUCGGUGCUUCCUCAAACCGGUAUAACCUGGGGGAUCCCGCCCUGAAGGGGUCUCACACGCACGGUGACAUUACCUGAGCAGCUGGCGGCUGAGCUGGGACCGGCCAUGAGCUGCACCGCCGAGCUCUGCGGCCCCGGGGAAGGCGACAUGGUGUAAACUGUUUUCACUAAGGAAGCUAUUACACUAUGGAGCCUGAAAUUAUCCGAAUGUAUUCAUCUUCCCCUCCUCCUCUUGACUGUGUGGCAGACGAUGAUGACGAAGAUGAGUUUGGAGAAUUUGGGGGUUUCUCUGGAGUCAGUAACUCUGGAAUGGGUUUUGGUGAAUUUGAAACUGUUAAUUGUUCCAAAACCCAAGAGGAGUUUAUUUCAGCUAAACAUGUUUUGCCUAUUCAGGACUACUCUGACAGUUUGAACAACUUCACUAGCCUUACUGCUGUCAAAGACACUGAUAACAUCUUGGAGUCUGGUUCUAAGAAAGUACAACUUGGAGAAGUAGACACAGACGCAAGUUAUGAAACAAAUCUGUUCAAUGUUGCUGCGUUUGAUAAUAAAGAAAACUCAGGAGAGAAAAUAAAAAAGGCUGAUUUGUAUACGAACUCUGUAAGUCCAGCAUCUUCUGGUGAUGAUACGGAGUUCACAAGCAGAAGCCUCGAUCCACUAGAUGUAACUUGUAAUGGUGAGAAGCUGCACUGUGAAGAGAGCCUUACAAAUGGCUUUGCAGCGAGUGAUUUUGUUAAUCCUCAGGGAAUAGAAGAUCUGGACAGCAUUGAUGAAUCUAAGGGAUUUAAUACCGUUGCUGCUCAUAGUGCUGAUCCAAGCAGUAACUUUUUAACCAGUACUGGAGUGGACUUUGCAGAUUUUUCCACGUUUUCAACAAAAGACUCCAUACAUUUAGGGGACACAGAGCUCAAGUCACAUAAGGGUAUAAAUGAAGGGCAAGCUUUAAGUAUUACAAGUAGUAGUCCAUUAAGUAGUGUAGAGAAUGGUAACCUACAAAUAAAGGAAGUUGUUGCACAUAUCUCUGAAAAUGGGGAUGGAAUUAAUAGUUUAGCUCUUUCUAAUUGCACUUCAGAAGGAGGCCUAACCGUGACCAACAGUGUUGCACCCCUUGACAAUGUUGCUAUUGCAACAGAUAUUAAUACUGCUGAAAAAGUUCCAGUACCAUUAGCAGCUACAGAAGAAACCAUUGGCAAACUUGCAGACAGGGGAGUGAAUGAAGAAGUGUUAGAAACCAUUGAUGACAAUGGUUGUACUCCUCACAGUAAUGCAGCAGGGAGCACAGAGAAUGUUGAACAUAUACCCCAGAGCAACAUAGAUAAUGGUGAGCAUAGUUUGGCAUUUGAUAGUAGCAUGUCUGAAGCUCCUUUUGCAAAUUCACCUCCAUGUCUAACAGACUUCAGUGACUCCAAUAAUACUUCUAAUGGAAUGUGGGAUGAUAAAGAAAAUGAUAUGAGUGAUGAUUUUGGGGAUUUUAACGAGACCAAUGCAACCCCCUUCCAAGAGGAGAUAAAACCAGUCGUUGACGAACAGUUGACUUUUUCAGGCCUUAGUGUUAAAUGUUCUGAGGCAGAUAAAGAGGAGGAGUUCAGUGAGUUUGAAGACUUUGGUUCACUGGCAAAAGAUGAUGAGUCAAAAAAUUUGCCAGACUUUGAUGAUUUUGCAGACUUUAGCUCAGCCAGUAAUCUUAAGCCUCAUUCUGGCUGGAAUGCUUUCGAGGGUGACCACUCAGAAGGGCCUUCAUGGGCAGUGUUUGCGGAUGAAAAAGAUUCUUCACCUCCAGACUCUGAGACCUGGCCUUCAUAUAGGACAGACAUACCAUCUGGCUCUGAAGACCAUGACGUAAAAACAGAAAACAUCAAUUUACCUGUAUUUCAAGAGUCUGGUUUAUCUUCUGUUAGUGAUCAAUCAACAGAUGCCUGUCAGCAAUCAUUACAGAAUUGUCUUGAGCGAGUUAUCCAGGUUUGUUUUCCUCUUCCUCCUCUCUUUCUGGAAGAAGAAAAUAUAUCAUGCUUGGAUCGCUGGCUUAAAGCCGAGGCACAUGAAGAAGCUGCAAAACCCAUGCCAAGCAUAAGCAGAGAAGUGCUGGACAUCUGGACUGAGCUGCAAAAGAUCCAUGAUGCUUAUGGACUAAAGUACCAGUGGGGUGGCUCUCACAGCAACAAGAAGCUCCUUAGCUCGCUUGGAAUUGACACAAGGAACAUACUUUUUACAGGCAACAAAAAGCAGCCAGUCAUUGUACCCAUGUAUGCAGCCAGCCUGGGUAUGCUAGAACCAACGAAGGAGCCAUUGAAGCCUUUAUCUGCUGCUGAAAAGAUUGCAUCAAUAGGGCAAUCUUCUCCUGUUCCUCCAGAAGAAAUUAUUUGUACUACUGAUCAAAUGCAGGAAUCCCUCCCACCUGUCCAGUUCGACUGGAGUAGCAGCGGCCUUACCAACCCUCUAGAUGCUAGCGGAGGUUCCACUGUCCUAAACCUCGAUUUCUUUGGGCCCGUGGAUGACAGUGGUUCUAAUGCCGCCACCACAAUCCCAGGUGUGGAUCCAGAGUUAUAUGAAUUGACAACAUCAAAACUGGAAAGUGUUGGCGUCGGCAACAGAGUAACAGAUGCAUUUGCAAGGCUCAUGUCCACGGCAGAGACCACAAGCACAUCCGCAAGGAAGCCUCGGCGGGAUGAGAACCUAAGUGAGGAGGCCGCUAAGGUCAUUGCCAGCCUCCCCGAUUUAUCCUUCAUGCAUGCCAAGGUGUUAAUGUUUCCUGCCACGCUGACACCUUCCUCAAGUGCUCCAGUCAAGGCUGAGUGAGAGGAGGAGAAUGUCGGCACGGGAGGAUUUUCCAGAACCAUUUGGAUGUUUUAUAUCCAAACUUUUUAAGAGAUUUAAAAUAAAUCAAUAAAAAGCGUUGUUGCUUUUUCCUAAAAAAUGAAAUAUUCAGAGGAAAUGUUGGAGAGCAGCACUAAAGGGUAUAUACAUUUUCAUGUAUACUUAAACACUGAAUUCUACGUUUCUAUACGAAAUCAAACGAGCAUUUGUAUAUAAUGGCAAAGGGUGAACUUUUUUUUUUUUCGAUGUUAGGUAAAUACACUGAUUGAUUCUUUCUUAUAAAAUGAAAAACAGACAAAAUGUGAACCUAGCCACCAUACAUUCACUGCCUGUGCCGUCUCACAUCUAACGGAUGCUUUGCAAGCUCUCCCCGGCUCUAUUGAUGUUAAUGUACUGUUACAUUUGCAGCGUCCAGUGUUUUGUGUGUUAAUUUAACAGGUAUGGAGCAUAGGGGUCUAAAGAGUGGGACCCUCCCACUGCAAAAGGGACAUGCCUUGCAUUGAAUGCCAGUGCAUUAUGGGAGCAGCAGGGGGCUUUGUGGGUAGGACAUAUACAUAUGUUUUGUUUCUUUUGCUGCUGUAUUUUAUUAUUCAGAGCAUAUCUUACCCACCCCCCACACCGUGUCUCUGUCCUGUUCUGUUUCUGUGUUAAAAAUGAAGAUCCUUAUAGUGAUCAGUUGAUUAGGGGGGUUCUAAACUGAUUGUGGGUAUAGCCAGCUUGAUUUUGGGUGAAGAGGGACCAAACUAAUAUGAAUGUCUUUGCAAGGAAUACUCCUGUUUUGUGUCUGUUGUACCACUAUCUUUCUGAUUUGCACAGUGUAAAGAAGCAUAAUCAUAGGUCGCUAUGGUUUUAGGCUGUACAUACGUACGGAAGAAUUUGGGAUGUGUUCGUCUGGGGAAAAUUCCUAUGGAAAAAAUAUAUUUGAUCUGUAACGACAAGGUCUAAGCGCAUGCCCAGGUUCUUUUCAAAUGUAAGCGUGUACAUUUUCUUUUAGCUUACACACAAAUAAAAUUAUUUUAAAAACAUCUGA